CAAUGCUGACACAGAACAUCUCGUCGACGAAACCCGUUUUUCGUAGAACGGCCCUUCGAAACCUCCAAAUUACGAACAUGCCCUUUUGUUCUCUCGCUUCUUCUUUCUCAUUCUCCUCCGCCUCCUCCUCCUCCUCCUCAAUCUGUGAUCACUCCCAGAGGCGAAACACAGAGGGAGAAAUGCCAGUUUUUCUUAGCCGCAUCUAUCUACAGUUACAGUGUAGAUUUUAAAUUUUUAAUCGAAACUGGUUGGGUUCUGCGAAAGCUAUGAUAAUGGAGGUGGAUUUUGUUACAAGUGACAUGUUAGAAGAAGAUAUUGUUGAAGUCGACGAGAACAAUGAUAUUCCCAAUUUUGAGGGGGAAAGAUGUGGGAUAUGCAUGGACAUUAUAAUUGACCGGGGGGUACUUGAUUGCUGCCAACACUGGUUCUGUUUUGGUUGCAUUGACAACUGGGCUACAAUCACAAAUCUUUGUCCACUUUGCCAGAAUGAGUUUCAGUUGAUCACUUGUGUUCCUGUAUAUGAUAUCAUUGGAAACAAUAAGGUAGAUGAUGAUGCGUUUUCCAGGGAUGAUGAUUGGUGCAUUGAAGGGAAGAAUAACACCCUCUCUUUCCCAUCAUACUAUAUUGAUGAGAAUGCAGUUAUCUGCUUGGAUGGAGAUGGGUGCAAAAUUCGAAGUGGAUCAGCAAUUGUGGAGGACUCUAACUUGGAUACCUCUAUUGCAUGUGAUUCUUGUGAUAUUUGGUACCAUGCCUUUUGUGUGGGCUUUGAUCCUGAAGGUACAUCUGAGGAUACAUGGUUAUGUCCAAGAUGCAUGGUUGGUGAAGCGCCACAUAGAUCUGAAGUAACAUUGAUACAGAGGCCAAACAAUCAGUGUGGUACAGAAAGUUCUCAUACUAGCUGUUUAGCUGAGGAUACUUUUUCUGGGAAGUUGUCUGUAUCUGUUGCUGAUGCUGGAGAGACAGCUGUCGUUGUCUCAGUGGUUGAAGGAAAUAAAAGGAAUGAAGAGGCAAGUGAGAACCUUCACCCAGCCAUUGAAGUGGACAAGGACUUGAAAAUCGAUGCAGGUGAUGGUCAUAGUCUUAAGGCAGAAACAGUUUCUAGUGCAAAGAAUGAAAGUAACCUGAGCUUGGAGAGACAGGGACUUGAACUUUCCUUAUCACGUGAUGCAUUCUUCAGCCAAUCUUCCACUUCAGUGGUGCAUAGUGAGUUGACAACUUGCUGUGCUGAUGGAGCGAUGGAUCAAGCAAAUAGCUAUGAUGGUGUUAAAGAUUCUUUGGGAAAGUUGCUUACUGCGUACAAUGUUGGAAACAAACUGUCUGAAAGUGAAACCAGUAUUGGUCUCCAUCUUGGUUUAUCUGUCAGCUCUUUUUUGUCUGUUGAGCACAUGGAUAAUAAUGGAACUGAAGGUCAGGAGCCUGGGGAUGUAAAGCAGCAAAGUCUUUCAGAAGAAUCUGGGUUAAAGGAUGAACAGAUUAUACCUGAAGCUACUGAGGAGAGUGUGACAAUGACUGGCUUAAAAAGAAAGCACACAGAUAACAGUGAUGAUGUUCUUAAGACUGAUGUUGAUGAGGAAGGUGUGGCCAAUAAUGAAGUUGCAGCUUUUGAAAAGAAAAUUAGAACCAAGGGGAAGUUUCAAAUGACUCCUAAGGACCAAGUGAAUGAUUUUCUUCCUGACGACUCCUGUGCAUGUCCCACCCGGGCAGCAGUUUCCAAAGAUGUAAAAUUGAAAAAACCUCCAGAAAAGGAGCAUGCUGCUUCUGAUAUAAUGGGUAUAGUAAAAGGGAUUAGUCGUAGACCUUCUAAGGGGCUCUCACACCAGCAUCCUGCUGAUAAAUCUUCAAAAGAAAGAGAACAUGCAGCUGGCUUGAGAGUAAAAAAGAUCAUGAGAAGAGCUACAGAAGACAAGGAGUCAUCUAAUGUAGUUCAAAAACUUAGAAAGGAAAUAAGAGAAGCUGUGCGUAACAAAACUUCUGCUGAUAUUGGGGACAACCUUUUUGAUCCGAAGCUUCUUGCCGCUUUCCGCACUGCUGUAGCAGGACCUGCAACUGAAGCUGUUGACAAAUUACCACAUUCUGCUCUGAAGGCAAAAAAGUCUAUGCUGCAGAAAGGUAAAAUUCGUGAGAAUCUGACGAAGAAAAUAUAUGGAAAUUCUAAUGGAAGACGAAGACGUGCAUGGGAUAGGGAUUGUGAGGUUGAAUUCUGGAAGCAUCGUUGCAUGAGGGCUACAAAGCCUGAAAAGAUUGCUACUUUGAAAUCAGUUCUUAACCUCCUGAGAAGGAACACAGAAAGCUUAGAAAUGGAGCAGGCAUCUGAGGGUCGGGCAACAAAUCCCAUUCUUUCCAGAUUGUAUUUAGCAGACACAUCCGUUUUUCCUAGAAAGGAUGAUAUAAAACCUCUCUCAGCUCUUGCAGCUGCAAGUAAUACUGAACAGAAUAGAGGACAGCUCAUUUCAGUGGAGAAAGGUCAGAAUCCAUCUCAUGAUGAUUGUGCACAAAAAGUAGCGGAAGCAAAUAAAGUUAAUUUAAAACCUGCUAUUCCUUCAGUUGAUAAAGGGUUGAAGGUUAAAUUUCAAAGCUCCAAGGGUAAAGUUGCUUCUGGUGAAGCACAUUUAGACAAAGCUCCGCACAGACCCUUGCAGAGGUCGGUGGGUGGUUCUAAAGUCGACUCAAAGAAGGAAACUACUGUUCAAUCUGAUGAUAAAAAGAUGGACAAAAGAAAAUGGGCUUUGGAGGUACUUGCAAGAAAAAAGGCUGGUUGUACAAAUACAACGCAUGAAAGAAUGGAAAACAAUACAGUAUUUAAAGGAAAUUACCCCUUGUUGGCUCAACUGCCGUUGGACAUGAAGCCAGUUUUGGCACCUAGCCACCAUAACAAAAUCCCCAUAUCAGUUAGGCAGACACAACUUUAUCGAUUGGCAGAGCAUUUCUUGAGGAAAUUAAAUCUGCUAGAGAUUCGUAGGACUGCAGAAACAGAGUUGGCUGUUGCUGAUGCAAUUAAUAUUGAGAAGGAGGUUGCUGACAAGUCAAACAGCAAAAUAGUAUAUUUGAACCUGUGUUCACAGGAAAUAUUGCGCCGUUUGGAUAACAGUGAGUCGAUAAGAGUUGAGGAAUCAAAUUCUUCAACAAUGGUACAGGCCACUGACCAAUCACAAGAAGCUAUUGACAAUCUUCCUACUGAUUCUGCAGUGAGGGAUGCAUUGAGAAAUGCAGGACUUUUAUCAGAUUCUCCUCCUAGUAGUCCAUGCCUUAACCAUGAGGCUUCUAAUGAAGUAGAUGAUUCCUCAUUGCAGAACAAAGAUGAAGGGCCUGAUAACAUAUUUGAAAUAGAUCCUCUUCCAGAGGUGGAUAUAUAUGGUGAUUUUGAGUAUGAUUUAGAAGAUGAAGACUACAUAGGGGCUGCUUCUAUGAAAGUAACAAGGCUACAACCAGAAGAAACCGAGUCAAGGUUGAAAUUAGUCUUCUCAACUCUUCAGUCUGAAAGAUUGAAUGUUGUUCAGGAUAUUAACGAUCAUAAGAGAUCAGGGGAAUUUGAAGAAUCCAAGCAUUCUUCCCCCUUACUGAAUGGAGGUACUAUUAGCUCAACAAUUGAGGCUGGGACAGAUGAGUCUCGUGUUCCUCAAGAGCCAUUGCCUGGUGUAGAACCCUCUCUUGCAGAGUGUGAAGAAUUAUAUGGCCCAGACAAGGAAGCACUGAUACACAAAUUUCCAGAAGACUCGUUGAGAAAACUAUCUGGGCAGGUUGAUGAUGAAGCUCCAGCUAAGAAUGAUGAUUCAGGACAAGUUAAGCAUGAAAUUGUUUCAUCUGUCAGUCAGAACUCAUGUGAUGGACAAAAAUCAUCCACCAAUUCCCAAACAAGUGAAAACAUCCCAAGAAAGGAUAAAUCUAAGAUUGAUACUAACAAGCAGUGCGAUAUCAUCAAUUCUAUUUCGAAGAAGGUUGAAAUCUAUGUCAAAGAACACAUCAGACCGCUCUGUAAAAGUGGCAUAAUCACUGUUGAACAAUAUAGGUGGGCUGUUGCAAAGACUACUGAAAAAGUUAUGAAAUACCACUUAAAUGCGAAGAAUGCGAAUUUCCUAAUCAAGGAAGGUGAGAAAGUGAAGAAACUUGCUGAGCAGUAUGUUGAGACUGUACAGCAAAAGGAAAAGGUUGAUCUACAAUAACGAGAGUAAAUCAAUCUCUAAUUCUGAACUGCUGUUAAUUUCAAGUUUUUCGUUCUCCACAUUUUGUGGAUAAUUACAGCGUACCACUCCACUUAUUGACAUUAUGUACCUGGGAAAUAUGAAGUGAUGCCUUGUGCCAAA